AUGCAAGAUUCGGCACUUGACGAGGCUUUCAGCAGUUCUGGAUCCGAAGGCCUUGUCGCCAAAGAGGAUGUUAGGUUUCUCCUGCAGACUGAUGCUGAAAGUUUCGUUGCUCAUAUCCGAGCUCAAUCGGUCCGACUCGACUCGGUUUUCUAUGGCUCUCUCGCCAAAAGCUGGGAACGCUUUGUUGCCAAGGAGAACAAAGCUACUGCAGAUAGUAUGCUCGUGAGAGAGACUUCUCGUCAAGCGUCUGCUAGAUCACUUGCCUUGGCAAGUGAACGUAGAAGUGAAGCGGUCAUUGAUCACCAAGAGAAGCUUCGAGACUGGUACCGCAAUCUUGUUGCCAGCGAAGUGGAGAAAGACAAACAUGCAUGGCAGGACAACGAAGAUCAACUUGCAUUGACGUCCAAAUUAUGGCGAAACCUCCAGAUGGAUCAAACACGAAUCGGGGGUCUCUUCGACGACGCUGACGGCAAUCUCAUAUGGAAGCUUGACCUCACCGAGAACGCUCUUCGCAUGAGGAAGAAGCUUCGACAGACGGCAUGCGAGGACACCUCAAUUAAAGCUCAUCAAGCACUCAACAAGGUCGAACACGCGCCUUCAGGUGAAAUCAAGCCAAAUCCGAUGUCCGAUGCUGAAAAUCAGACGAUUGACACCGAGGAUCGCAAUCGGCGACUGAGCCGGAGUCUGCAACAUGAAGACGUCAUUUCAGACCUCAUGAACAUCACUCGUGUAACUGGUCUUCAAGCCACCGAUGGGCUUCUAGUUCUGGGCAAGGCCAACUUGUACUUUGUCGAUAAUUACUUCAUUGGUAAGGCUGGGAAAAUACUCACCACGCAAGAGCGCGGAGCCAAUUCUUCCAAUGACAUGAUCUCUCAAAUGCUCUCAGACGAAGGUGAAACCGCUAGAGCCAAGCAACAGCUACACACGACUCGAGCAUGGCCCUACAAGAGCGUUGAAUCUAUUUCAAAACGGCAAUUUCUUUUGCGGGACGUUGCUUUGGAAUUCUUUUUCUCCGAUGGACAGAGUGUGCUCAUCAUGACGCGAACAACUCUAGAACGGGACUUGAUUAGGAGCAAGUUGUUUGCCAGGACCGUUCAUCUCAAAGAGGCGGAUGCGCUAGAGAGCUCUUUGAAAGGAAAUGCUGGUCUCAGUGGCAAGUUUAUGCAGCUGUUUACGGAUGUCACGCCCUGGGAUCGGGCUGCAGCCAAAUGGUCUCGCCACGAGAUGACAAACUUCGAAUACUUGAUGACGAUCAACACCCUUGCGGGACGAUCUUACAACGAUUUGACGCAGUAUCCGGUCUUUCCUUGGAUCAUUGCAGACUAUCACUCGACCGAGCUUGACUUAAAAGCUGCGAGUACAUUCCGAGAUUUGACCAAAAAUAUGGGAUCACAAAACUCAAAGCGUCGCAGGGCAUUCGAAGAACGCUACAAUGCGUUCGCAGAGCUUGACCCUAAGCCUUUUCAUUUUGGCACUCACUAUUCUUCAGCGAUGAUUGUUGCUUCUUACAUGAUUCGAUUGCCACCCUUCAUCGACUCUUACUUGUUAUUGCAAGGGGGGCGAUUCGAUCAUGCGGAUCGUCUGUUCUAUUCUGUCGAAAAAGCUUGGAAGUCCGCAUCAGAGCAAUCCUCCACAGAUGUUCGGGAGCUCAUUCCCGAGUUCUUCUAUCUGCCCGAGAUGCUGACCAAUCUCAAUAAAUAUGCCUUCGGGAAGAAGCAAACGUCAGACGAUCAUAUCGAUGCAGUGGAACUUCCUCCUUGGGCCAAGGGCUCGCCAGAGUUAUUCAUUGAAAAGCAUAGGCAAGCUCUCGAGAGCGAUUUUGUUUCGAAGCACUUGCAUCACUGGAUUGACCUGGUCUUUGGCUACAAACAAAGAGGCGCAGAAGCACUUGAGAAUACCAACGUAUUUCACAACUUGUCGUACAAAGGAUCCGUCGAUGUCGACAAAAUCGAUGACCCUCUACAACGCCGAGCGGCCAUUGGAAUCAUACACAACUUUGGUCAAACACCGAAUCAACUAUUCCGGAUGCCCCAUAUUGCUCGACAGAGGGACUUCUCGCAUGGUCUCGUCUCUCAGCUUACGUCUCUUGGCCAGAUGUCGGUUGCGGCUCUCCAAAUCCAAGGACCUGUGGGCAGUUUCAUGUUCGAUGAUGGAUUGAUGGCGUUUGAAACUCAUGUCGCCGUACAUAAGCUUCACCGAACGAUCCUAUCGAAGUGGUCGGCUGGAGGUACCGCUAUCAGUGUAGUGUCACCAAACGGAUCGCUCCUUGGGGUUUUUGAGCAGUUACACGCACAAGAAAUUAUCGCGAGUGCAGCACUUGCUGACACACUCAUCUUGGCUUCUGCUGAUGCGACAAUGUCUGCCUGGACGCUCAAAUUGAACGACGACCUGUCAGUGUCACUGGCGUGUCAGGCGUACCUUGUUGGUCAUCAAGCGCCUCUUUCGGCAUUGGCCGUGUCUCUGCCGAUGCGCGUAAUUGCCAGUGGCUCAGUAGAUGGGACGGUGUUUAUAUGGGAUCUCAACCGCUACGAGCCAGUUCGCAAGUUCCAUUGCAAAUCAGCAGUUGUGGCUAUCGCCAUCAAUCACUCCACCGGCGAUGUUGCUGUGGCCUCAGACGGAUCUGUCAAGCUAUUUACAAUCAAUGGAGCAGAACUUGCCUCUUUUACGGUUACUGAGAGGGAUGUCCACUUUGUCUAUUUCCAGCCCGGUGAUGUCGUGGCUGGCGCUGUACGUUUUCUGUGGGUCGGUCGGUCACAAGGUUUGAUGGACUUGCUAAGAGUGUCUGUGACAAGUGCGGAAUGGGAGAUUGAGCUCCUCAAACACUACAAGCACGAGCACCGUGAUCGCAGUGUUGCUGACAUCAAAGCUGUCGUCUAUCAUGAUCAUCAGCUCAUCACAGGUGAUGCUCUUGGGCGGGUUACUCGCUGGGUAGACCGCAGCACUUUGUAG